ACAAAUCGGCAAUGUUCUAAAGACUGUUAUCAUGCUUAAAUGGUCAAAGUGAGGUCUUCCAUUAUGAAGCCAUUUUGAGACCUUAAUUAGUGAUAGUGACAUAAACAUUUCAAUUUCUCAACAGGUCUUGUUCAGAAAAUAAGUUUUGUAUACGGUCGAAGGGUUUUUUAGUAUAAAUUAUAAGAUGUGUAUGUGCAGAUACACGUGUUUGUUUAUAAGAUGUCAGUAUUUAAUUGUAAUUGUCGUCGAGACCGUAUGCAUGAAUGCUUGUGUAUAUUUAUAGGAAUCAGACGAUAAUGCAUAGCUGAAUAGUGAUAUAGGUAAAUCAUCCUGCUUUGCUUGUGCAAACCUGAACAAUAAUUGCUCUGUCGAAUUUUUAUGUUUGUUACUGUUACUGGCAUCAUGUUACAUAGACAACAUAGUGAGAAGAUUAUGUGUCAUAUAUUGAUAUAUAAAACGAAUAAAGCGUUGCUCAGUCAUAUUUUGCUUAAAGUUUAAUAUUUCUGUCAAUAAACUGCAUGUCUUAGUCGUUUCUGUUUCUUUGUUUUACGGCUUUCUGUACAUUUAAUGCUUUUCCUUUACAGUGUCUGUGGGUUACCAUUCGACUUAGUGCUGUAAGGAUCUUGAUCUGACUCUAGUUCCGUCACAGGGAGUAUGAAUCAAUUUAAUUGUUUCAUACAGUUCCAAUUGGUCACUAACAAGUGACUGAUCAUUGCUUUUUUUACUGCUUUACCUUGUAAACGUUGGUUAUAUCUACCUUUUAUCCGGAAUUUCAGAGAAAAAAAGGAAGAGCAACCCAGUGAUUGGCCAAAAUAUGCAGAGCAUCUGGAACAUUGUGUUGAAGAUGUACGGCGUGUAGCAAGCGAAACACAUAGAGGUUUGGUACAACAUGUUCUUAUUAGUAAAAAAAAUAAAAAAUACCCGGAACAGUCGUUGUCAACUGUUUUAAAGGAAGCGGUUGAUAAAUCGAAUGCAGACGAUCGGCUUUUUGUUUGUGUGACUCGUGAAGCCAGCAAAGCUCUAUCAAUCUUAGCUUCAUAUCAUCGGGAGCAUGAGAAUCGAGUGGAACGUCAAGUUGCUGACCCGUUGAAUCGUCUCGCAGAAGAAACUUGCGUUAAUAUUUCUAAAGAUAAACGUAGUCUGCAAAAAUGUCUGACUGAAGUGCGUAGUGCUCGUGGACAGUUGCAAAAGACAAUGCAAUGUAUUCAGACUAAUACAACACUGGGUUACCCUGGCUCUUCCAAUCCAUCUGUAACAAUAGAUGCUGUCAAUAGAAUUGGUCAAGCUCAACAUCAAUUAGAAGAAAAAGAGAGUGAACUAGAAUCUUCCAAAGAACAAUUACUCCGUGAUCUGUACACAUUUGCCGCUGACGAGGAAAGUCAUUCACAUCUUAUUCUUGAAUACUUUCAACUGCAAGAAAGUUAUCUAUCAGAAAGUUUACAACUAGUCCAAAAGGUGGUUGCUGAUCUGUCUCAAACUAUCAGACAACAAAAACGUCUCACCACAUUUGGACGACAUCUACCAGAUCAUUUAAGUGAAACCAAACGCUCCAUCGCCUAUGUUUUGGAUGUCUGCAUUAGUUAUUUGGAUCAAGAGUCUGUAAUGCAAGAAGAGGGUCUUUUUCGAAAAUCUGGAUCACAGAAGAGAACUGAUCUUUUGGUAAAAGCGUUGAAUAUUAUGCAAAUUGAUGAACAUCUACUCAGAAAGUGUGACUCUGCUGUUGUUGCCGGUGCUUUGAAACAAUACCUUCUAAGUCUACCUGAACCUUUAAUCACAUAUGAAUUUGCUGACCAAUGGGCUGCUGCGUCUAAAAAACAAAGUCCUACUCCAGCCAAUAUCCAGUUGAUUCACUCCUGUUUGGAGAAGAUGCCUGCAGAUUUUCGUUUGAAUUUGGGCUAUCUAAUGUGCUUUCUAUCCAGAUUAUCGAAUCAAUCUAAUGUGAACAAGAUGACUUCAGAUAAUUUGUCCAUUGUCAUUGCUCCUAAUAUGUAUCGAUUGUCUUCAGGUGCCACUAACACCGGGAGCAGUGUGAAUGGGAAUUUAACACGAUCAAAUGAAGAUGUAGGGAAGUCAUUGGAUUUCCUGCAGAACAAUCGUCCAGCAAUUCACUUAGUGGAUAUUCUCAUUCAGAAUGCUGAACAAUUGUUUGGACAAGAACAAGCUUGUUUUCGUCUGACUCAUGUUCCAUCUCAUUUGGUACCGAAAAUGUAUUUGAGUCGUUCAUCGUUGCCUUCAACAAAACUAAACAGUUCUAUCACUUCUUCUCAUGGACUGGAAAAUACUAAUUCAUUGAAUGAACAAUCGUCUUUAAAUUCUAGCAACAGUAGUAGUGUUCAAAAGAGACCAGCUGUACCUGAUCGUGGUGAUGUUACCCUACCGAAUAGUCAUUUGAAUGCUUCGACUAUGUCUUCAAGAAUGUCACUUCCCGGAAGUACCCCUGUACUCCAAAGGAAGAAGAAUGCUGCUCCUAAACCACCAGUUCCUACAUAUCCAGCUAAUUGUGCAUUCAUUCCUGUGAGCAACAUUGUUCCAAAAGUGAAUCAAGUAGACUCACAAAAGUCUGACACUUCUGUUGUGCUUGAAUCAGAGAAUACCAACUCUACUGAUCCCAUUGCGGAAGCACCUACCCAUGGAGAAAAUCCUCCACAGCCUAAGGACAAUGCAGGUAACUCAACAGGGCUACCUUCCACAGAAAUAAAAAACACCGAUAGUAAUUGUCAUAAUUCAUUAUUGCAGCCAACGACACCGCCAGCAUCAAUUGCUAAUGAAUGCAAAAUCAGUAAAGAACCACCGAAAAGACCUCCACCACCUGAUGUUAAUUCAAAGCAGAACAAUGCUGGUCCAGACUCAGAGACAGAAAACAUCACUGUUAUGUAGAAAUACGUAUUUUUAGAAAGCAUCAGUUUCUAUUCCUAUGCCUUUUUGGUCCAGUUUACGUAACCAUAGUUCCAGUUAACGAAAAGUAAAUAAAUAAAUAAAUAUUAGGAAUUGCUGAAAUUACUGCUGCAUAUGUGCGAUAAUUGUAUUCGCUCAUAAGAUUUAAUGGUUUUACUACUAUUUUCGUCAUAAAUACUAGUUGAAGUAUACAUUAACUCGUUUUCGCCUUUUUUGUGUAUGAUAUCCUUUCUCCAUUGGUAAUAUCACCAUUUUUGAUACAAGGUUAUUUAAUAUUCAUAAUUUUUGAACGGAAUCUCACCUUUCUUAUCGUGUUUAUAAUCACCAACUUGUUAUUUAACAUGCUAACCUGUUAUCUGUAUUUGUUCAUUUGAAUUCGUCUGCUCACGUGUAUUUAUCUCUGCGUGGGUCACUGAUGCCUUAUUUCUGCAGUGACUGUGACAUAUAUAUAUAUAUAUAUAUAUAUAUAUAUAUAUAUAUAUUUCAGCUGAUUAGCUAUCUGUCCUUUUGUUUAUCGUGCUUAUACACCAAUUCGAUCCGUCACAAGACUUCUUCAACCGACUAUUCCCAAUAUUCUUUCUACUUCGUGACUUAAUUUCUACACAACUGCACCAAAGAUUUCAACAUUAUCACAGUGAAUUUACACUUUGAGCCGUUUAUUUUUGUACUUUUGUUAAAAAACGAUAAACACUAAUUAUGUCUCCAUUGUUUUCAUGAUACAUUCCAGCGAUGUCUCCUCUGCAUAAGUUUCUUCCAAUCUUACCAGUAUUUUGUUUGACCUUGUAAAAAAGGUGUUGCUUUGUUAUCUGUUGUUCUUUAUGCAUAUCAGUCUACCAGUGUUUCUAUUUCACUAUUAUUAUUAUUUUUUUUAACUUAUAAGUAGUUUGAAUUAGUGUAUUUCGUCAACGCAUUUUUCUAUUUUGCGUUUAUCGACGUUUAGUUUGUGCCUACUGUGAGAAUUGAAGCUUGAAUGUUUUUUAUUUUUAUUCACUGCCUAUUUGCCUAUUGGUCGACAGACAAUAUGGCGUACAAGGUCAGAAUUGAUUAUACACACCAUGAACAGUAUGAAUUACUUUCCCCUAUUCUGGAUUACAAUUUUAUAUGCUUUCAGUGUUUUUUUCUGUUUUAAUGAGUUACUACAGCUUUUUUCUAUAUUCUGUUCAAAAAAAGUUCUUUCCCCGC